UAAUGAAACUGUUAUAAAGUGUAAUAUCUACGUAUAUCUUCAUUUAUUGUUCAGUGUUGUUUUACAAGUUGUUUCCACUAAAGGGCGCUGUUGGUGCUCUGGUCAGAUAUUUAUCACCUCAACAGCAUCACCCUUAUUUUUCUUAUUUAUUUCUUUUAUCAAAGCAGCAUGUCAGCCAUCUUCUGUUCAAAGUAACACCAUCGAAUUUAAUUUGUCAUUUAUUAAAAAGAAUUCAUGCAGACUAAAGACUGAGAUUAUUUACUGUAUGUAUGUAUUAUGACAGUACGUCACAGAGUCAUCUGUUCCUCCUCCUUCUGUCAGCCUGACAGUUUCUUUUUCUUCUCUGUUCAGGAGCACCAACCGCAGCUGAACAUGUGACCGUGUCAACGUUCGCGUCAUGUCCCACGCUGAGAAUCUGCCUCUGGCUUCUUCUUCUUCUUCUUCUGUGGUGGACGUCUCACCACAGCGGAUGCUCUUCUUCCUCCUUCUUCUUCUGAUCGUCCGCACCCCGUGUCCCGUGGUGACAGCAUCGCCCCCGACAAUGGCUCUGUGGCGCCAUGGCAACAGAGUGUCCAUCAUCAACAUCUGCCAACAUCUGGAGACGGUGGAUGGAGGACUGACGGUCCGCUGCAGUGGGCUCAGACUGAAGCAGGUUCCUCUCGGGCUUUCUAAUCGCACCACUCGUCUGUUUCUGAAUAAGAACCUGCUCACCUCUCUGCCGGCUGACUCUUUCUAUGAUCUGUUCCUCCUCGAUGAGCUGGACCUGUCAUACAACCAGCUGUCCUCCCUGGAAGCUGGUUGCUUCAGCGGGUUGGAGUCAUCUCUCAGCUUCCUGGACCUCUCAUCCAAUCGUCUGUCCACGUUGGACCCGGCGGUCCUCGGCGGGCUUCAGGUUCAUGCCAACCUCACACACAACCCUUGGCAUUGCGACUGCAGGAUGCAGCUGUCAGUGCCGCAGCUGGUCGUAGACUCGUCGUCUCUGGCUGAAAUUGUCUGUCAAACCUCCGACAUCUCGAACCCUGGAGCUGUUGGGAUUCCAUUGGUCUUACUGGUGGAGGACUGGGAUCUGUGUCUUUCUGUGAGGAGAACCACGGACAUAUUGACGCUGACCACCAUGUUGCUCUGGUUUUUGAUGCUCAUUUGUUACUUCGUCUAUUACAUCCGUCAGAACAAGCUGUUCGCCCGGCAGCACUGGGAUUACCUGAAAUUCUUGGAAAACCGUGUUCCUUUUCCCGACUUUACACCUGCAUGAAAGACUCCUUGAAGACCUAUUAGAUUCCUGCAAUCUUUCCAAGGACCUAUAGUGCUUCUCCAGAACUUUGACAAAGUCCCCCUGGGAUCCUCAUCAAUAAUCUUUUCAUUUUAGCCACAGAAACCUCAAACUGUCUCAAUGAAUUAAUGCUUCCUCAAAGUUUCCUAAAGCACCGUCCACUAAUGAAGAAAACCUCUUGUCAUCCAUCUCUUUCUCUUUCCAGGCUCUGGUUGCCUUGGUAACCCGUCUUGUCCAUAUAUGGCUGAGUGAAAUGUGAAGACACCUCACUUUCUCUUCCUGCGUGGAUGAACCCUGAUGGCAUCCUCAGCAAGCUGCUUCUCCAUCCUGUUUCUGUCCUCAGUUUAUCUGUAUUCAGGUCAUUGUUCAACUUGUUUUCAUUCUCAAUAAAGUCUACCCCUGCUGUC